AUGUCUCUAAAUGCACAGGUGCAAUCGCAUCUCCGCGAUAUUGUAGACAAAGCUUGUGAAGACCAAAAGUCCGGCAUUCCUGGGACUACGGUCGUGGUCGUUGGCAAAGAUGGCAACGAACUUUUCGCUCACUCCGCGGGUAAGCGAGGCGCGGGAUCCGAAGACCCUAUGACCCUCGAUACCAUUUUCUGGAUUGCAUCUUGUACUAAGGUGGUGGUUGGUCUUGCUUGCAUGCAACUGGUUGAGCAAGGAAUUCUCAAGCUGGAUGAUGCGGAGCAGACAGAGGGUCUUUGCCCUGAAUUGAAGAGUCUCAAGGUUCUGCUGCCAGACGGUAGUUUUGAGGAAAAGAAGAAUGGGAUCACCCUGCGCAUGCUCUUAUCUCAUACUGCUGGAUUCGGCUAUACCUUUUUCAAUGAGAGACUGAGACAGUGGUCGUACCCGAUCGGCGCGGAUGAGUUCUCUGGGCGGAUUGAAGAUAUGAAGAUGCCUCUGCUAUUCCAGCCCGGUGAAGGUUGGCAAUAUGGUGUUGGUAUCGACUGGGCGGGAAUCGCACUGGAACGCGCAACUGGCCUGACGCUCAACGAAUACCUACAAAAGAACAUCUUCCUGCCCCUUGGAAUUAAGAACAUGUCCAUGAUCCCAAGCCAUGACAUGCGUCAGAAGCUGGCAUACAUGAAUCAACGAAACCCAGAUGGGACUCUGAGGCCCCGAGACCAUCCUCUUCGGGCGCCUCUAGUGGUUGAUCUGGAGAACAAGGCUGAAGUCGCCAGGGUGUUCAAUAGUGGUGGUGCGGGUAUAUUUGCAAAGCCACAGGAUUACUGCAAGGUCCUCGCUGUGCUGUUGAAUGAUGGAACGUGCCCUAAAACGGGCAGCAAGUUGCUUCGCAAGGAGACCGUCGACGAAAUGUUCUCUAACCAGAUCCCUCAGUUCCCCAACUACAGCCGUCAAAGCAUCCCAGAUGCAAAGCCGGACCUGACCAACCCCGUUCCUGAACUGUACCCAGUUGCUGGGAACCCACCACAGGGUUGGGGCCUCACUUUCAUGCUGAGCAACGGCGGUCCAACAGGGCGGUCGACUAGCACAGGGCACUGGGCUGGGCUCCCGAAUUUGUGGUGGUGGGCGGACAGGGAGAAGGGAGUUGCGGGGAUUAUUGAAACCGGACCUGGAACAUGGAGCAAUUUACUCGAUCCAAAUUAUACGCGGGAGGUUAUGGAUUGGGACUCGGAGUCAGCAAACGUGGAUUUGUCUGGGUCGUUGGUCGAUUGUACUUCAACGCUGUUCAGUUCCAUGCUCAACGAGCCCGAGACCUCCCAGGAAAAUGUUCAGGCGGAGAUUCCUGACGCAUUGAUGCCUGCACGGUCUGUGUCUGAUCUCAUUCCACCAUACUUCCCUAUUUCCCCAAACACCUCCAUGCAACCACCCUCGGAUCUCGAACUUGAUCCAAUGUAUCAACAGAUGUGGCUGGCCUCCCAGGCUUCUCAGACAUAUAGUAGCCUCGGAUCCGCCCCAUCCCAAAGCCCGCGGCGACCGAGUGACUCCGCUUGGAUGUCUGCCAACCAGCAAUCCUCCGACUGGCCCAGCCCGCAAAGCUCACUCUCUCCGUUUUCCAUCGACCAACAAAUGAUUAACACAUCCAACUCCCAUUUAACUUCAGUCAACCUGCUGCAAAUAUAUCACGAUGUGCUAGAGCAUAACCUGUCGUGUUGGCUAAGCGAUAUGACUUGUCCCUACCAACUUGGCUCACGAAAUACCCCUCAGCUUGUACCCGAAUUGGGAUAUUCACGGUCUAAUAUGAUAUACCAGCGCACGAUCAGGCUCGAUCGCGUCGCACAAUCUUCCAAUCUUCUCCAGCUGACACGCGCCGAGGACCAGGCCGCCUCCAAAGCUUUGCACCUUGCAAUCAUGGCAUUUGCUACGCAGUGGGCACAGGGCAGUUACCGACACCGCGAGAAAUAUCCGACCAGGUGUCUCGACGGUGGAGAGGACGAAAUCGCCAAUGGCGUCGCCGACGAGUUCGAUCGCAUUCUUCAGAACCACUUUUGGGAGCAGGCGCAGCGCGCGCUCCAACAAGUCGCCGGUUUGGAGUCGUAUAGAGUUACAUGGGCCGAGCUGAUCUUCGGCUUCACACAAAGGCCGUGGAAUCCCGACACUCGGCCUUCUAGACAGCGGAUGCAAGAACAAGGCUCCGAGUUUGCCACCGAAUCCGUCUUGACAAAGUUACACGAUAUAAUACACAAAGAUGGACCACCAGUAUACAUGGAGAGAGCAGCUCGGAAAAUGCACGCCUUGAAAUUUCGCUGCGACGUGCUCGAAAAGGGCCUCGGCAAGCCGUACGGCAGUCGCAAGAAAGGGACCCAUGGCAUUGAAGCCAUGAGUGCGGAAGAGCGAGGGACAAUUGGCCUGCUCUACUGGAUGGCUAUCAUGUGUGACACCCUCUCGUCGUCUAUAAACGAACGACCCGUCGUGGUGCUGGAUCAGGACUGCGAGCACGAACGGCAAAAAGAGAUCCAGCAAGCAGGGAAUAUCGACAAAUCUAUCGGAAGAAGUCGAUGGAAUCUCGAUAUCUUUUUGCAAGGAAACCUCAAGCAGAUGCGCCGAACGCACUGGCCCUGUUCCUAUGAGGCUGCAGCUGAAGACGUGAUCAAGUCAGCGCCAGUCAAGGUUCUUCUAUUCCGCCACCUGUCUUACCUACAAAACGCGGUUCGCAAGAGUGUUCCUGAAGAGCAGAUCGAGGACAUUGUCCGCAUGGCGAUGUUGUUAUAUGAAUACUGGAAUAGAACGCAUGGCGCCUUCUUCGAUGAACUAGUGCAGAACUACCAUGCGGUUCCGCAGCGCAUACGGGGCUGGUUCCUCUGUAUCUCUGCGCACUGGAACCUUGCUGCUCUUAUGUUUGCCGACCUGCUAGAAUUUAUCGACGAGAAUUCCCUAGGCGUGGAUGGUGCAACUCGUAUCACCGGUCAAGUGGCGAGGAGAAUUAGGAUGCACAGCGCCAGGGAACUAUCAAUUCUGGCAAGGGUCGGUACGCCGUCUACCAGAAAUAGUGAUAACCUUUGUGUGCCGCAGAUGUCAGACUUCCACCACGCUGUCAAGGAGAGCACGCUUUUGACCGAGCCAUGGACGAUAGUUUUAAUCAGAGCAUUUACCAAAGCUUCUAUGGUCUUUCUAGGUGAAGCAGAUGAGUCCUUGCGGUACGACGGAAUUAUUCUCGGGCAGAGCAGUCAUGAUUUCGAGGGGAAUAUGGAGCAGGCCGAGGAUUGUAUGAAGGGGCUGUGGCUACUAGGUAAAAAGUCGGAUAUGGCACGGGAGAUUGCCGAGAUCCUUUCACUAGCGUUGAGAGAAUUGCGGAAGAGUAAGGUGGCCGCUCUUUUACCGGUUGGGUUGUCAUAG